AUGGCCUACUCCCCAGCUGGUGAAGAAUUUAUUAUUAACAUUCCCCUAAGUGACAUUCCCUCGGAAUUGCCCACUGCGGAAUGGCCGGAAUGCUGUAUCUAUAGGGCUCCCAAAACAUUGCGAAAGGUAAAUGAAGAAGCCUACACCCCUAAGCUAAUAUCAAUAGGCCCCUUUCAUCACCACCGAAAAGAAUUGUGGGACAUGCAAAUGCACAAACUGAGAUAUUUUAAGGAUUUCUUGAAACGAACCGGGAAGAGCAUGGAGGAUCUUCUGGAGAUCAUUAAAGUCGACAAAGAAAAAAUCAAUCAUUGCUAUUCAGAAGACUGUAUACUCGGAAGGGAUGAUUAUUUUGUGAAAAUGAUUCUAUUGGAUGCCAUCUUUAUAAUUGAGCUCUUCUUAAAGGUUAAAAAAACAAGAGAAGAUGAAGAAAAUGGUCAGAGGAAAAUCGAAGAAGAAGAUUAUAUCCUACGUAAAAUAUGGCUGGGAAAUGGCAAGCUAGUUGAGGAACACAAAGAGAACCUGAAGACACGUGAUGCUCCAAUUGUUAAGCUUUUCCGCAAUUACUUUACUUACUAUGAUCAAAUGCGAAAGUCCAUCGGUGAGGAAGUAAUUGUAAAACCGACGGGUAAGGAAAAAACCGAACGACCCAUCGGUGAGGAAGUAAAGCAUUUCACAGAUUUGCUCAGAUAUUUGUUCUGUCCGCAAAAGAUGGAAGAACGCUGGGAGCGUAAAAAGGAAAAGUGGAGCAUUGAAGGAGGAUGUAUGUGUUCAUCCAAAAAUAAAAAAAGAAGGGAGUCUGGUACUCAAUUUUGUGCCACAAAGCUUGACGAUGCAGGAUUGAAAUUCAAUGUUAUAAAUGAUAGACGCUUACUUGACAUAACAAUCCCUGGGUGCUCGGGACGCUAUCCGUGCUUCGGUUUGUCAUGCCUUGUUGCUUGCUUUCCAUGCUUGAUCUGCUUGAUAUGCUUUCCGAGCUUGACAUGCUUACUUAGGUGCUUCAGAUGCUUCAAAUGCCCUAUGCGUAUCUUCAAAUUCCCACAACUUGUGAUAGACUGCAAUACUGAAGCUAUUUUCCGAAAUCUAAUGGCUCUAGAGCAGUGUCAUUAUCCAUCUAAAACUUACAUCUGCAGUUAUGUUUUGCUAUUGGACCGUCUUAUUGACACUGAAGAAGAUGUGGAUUUGCUUGUUAAUAAGAAGGUCAUUGCUCACCGCCUAGGUAGCAACGCUGAAGUGGCGACUCUAAUUAACAAACUUGGAUGUCGGAUUGUGGCACCUACACCCUCUUAUUUUGAGAAUAUCGCUCAAAAGCUUAAUGACCACUAUGAGUUCCCUUUGAACCAUUUUUUGGCAACCCUGAAAAGAGAGUAUUUCACCAAUGUUUUUAGAGGCACAGCAACUAUUGUUGGACUUAUUGUCUUGGGUUUCACUUUCUGGAGUUUCAUUAGGUCUUUUGUCGACGAGUAG